UACAAAGUCAUCACGCGUAAAAAGCCAGGUAGAGUUGCAGCAUUGACAAAAUCCUUACGUGUAGCCCGAGGCGCCCAAGGCAGAUGUCUACAUAUUGACAGCUCAAUGCCCACUGUCAACCGACGUGGGUCGCCGGAUCCUCCAGCUUCAAACUUUUGACACUAAGGGGUAAAAAGAUAUCUAUCACAUCACUUCCCUUUGAUCAUUCCAGUGGCAUCGUCAUCCUCUGCUCUCCACCCCUGGGCCUAACGCUUACAGCUGGGUCAACCGUUGGCACCACUGGUAAGCUAGCCUCCAAGUACCGCCUCUGCACUACUUACUUUCGAGUACAUGCUUCAAGUAUGUACACACUGCGCACUUGUCCAAGGCUCUCUGCACUUCUACCUAGACAAUUCCUUCGCAACGGACGCUGAUUAUCAACUUUGCAGAUCGCACCCACCAACAAGUUGCCCUCUGCAGAUCGACGUGCCCGCCUGAGGUCGACGGACUGUCUGAGGACGCGAUGAACGAUUCUCGAGUAGAACCUGAGAUGCUUGAACAGUAAAUGAUGGACGGAUACUGCAGACAAGCUGAGGAUCCAACACACAGCUUGCAAUCACUCCCAGACGAUCACGAUGAGGCGACAUUCAACAAGCCGUGUUCAUUCGGCCUGCUCUCCUAUCGACCUUGAGAAUUAUCAGUCUCUCCCACCUGCUCUUCGUCGAAAAUACUUCAGCAGUUUGGAACGUCUCAGAUUGGCACAAGAUGGCAAUGACUGCCUACCACCUCCUGCUCCCUCCUCUCGCUUGUCCAUCCAUCGACCAAACAACCGUCCUCAUCACACCUCUCCAUUCCUCUCCCGUCUCUCCCAUCUCGACAAUAGCUCAUUGCAACCUAACUCGCGGCUGACUGGGAACCGACUUCACAAAAAGCUACGCCCUCCGAAGACCAUUGUUGAACCAAUACCCGCGCCCUCGAUACACUGGUUUACCUCUCUCCCGCUGCCUGUUCAGCGCAGGCUCUUCUCCCGACAAGAGUGUGAUCAAUACUCCCGCACCACCAACGCCCUCAUCCUUGACGCUGCAGACGAGACACUCCGCCGACGAAGCUGGCACGCCAACAGAUCGCUUGGGCUGGUGUUACACCCGAAGCAGUCACGCGCUGAUCUUUCAAAAGACGACUUUGGAUACCUCUGUGAGGAGGACAUUGACUCUGGCGUGGACAUGGGUGACUACACCGUCAACAACUUUCCUUGGAUGGAAAAUGAUAGAGAACUUGAUUUGAGACUCGUCGACUAUCAUGAAGCCAUAGCUCAGACGGCUCGCCGCACAUCUAUGAUGGGAGACGCACGGAGACCAUCUCGACGGAAAACCUCAUUGUCCAGCAUCUCUAUUCGACUUGGACGUACAUCAACUUCGUCUUCAAGAGUACAGGUGGACUCGCCUCCCAUGCCAGGUUUGCCCAUCGCCACUUCCGGGACCACUUCUCCAUCACUUCCUAUGCAGCAUAUCAGGUCACAGGCCUCCUUUUCCUCCGUCGACCCUCGCCCCACACAUUAUCAGGACCCUGCGGCUCGGUUAAAGUUGCGCCUAUACCUCGCUUCACCUCAAAAGUUUGAUGAAGCUGUCGAGUUUGGGUUCCCAGCGGUGCAAGCAAAGAGUCCAAGAACUCCUGUCCGACCAAUGACCAGCCCUGCGCGAGCCGAGGAUAACAAUCGAACCUUCUUCCACGAUGACACGCCCGAAUUGUCUGGAGAUGAAGGCGAUGAUCUCGAUGAACCCGACCACAUGUACGAUCCAAGAACGCCUGAAGAUCCCUUCUUUCACAUGCAUCGGCCGACACCCAAAUUGAGCGUGGACGGAUUGAGUGUCAUGAGACCAUCGAUUCCGCGGCGACUGCCCGAAGCCUACGGACGAGGAACAUCAUCGGAUCGAGAAAUGACCUUGCACAUGACUCUGACGAGACCAGAUCUGCGAGAUCCCGAGGCCAAACUCUCAGAGCCAGCAAACAUCAACAAGAUACCUCUCGACCGCCCAGAGCUACAUUUAGAUGGCGAUCCAACCUCAAUAUGGGAUACCUUGCCUGCCGAAGAAUCCAAGGUCAAAAGACUCCUUCGCAAGUUAAGACUCAAAUAAAGGCACAGACAACCUAUUUGGCGGUGCAUUAGAUCAUCCUCUACACUGCGAAGUAAUGUCUGACACGAUCAUAUCUGUGCAUUUGGGAUCGAGCGUCGGCGUUGGAAGGAUCAACCCUUGGGGCACGCACCAUGCGAUUUAUGGCAUGAGGAACAGGGAUCAAAAUGGAGGAAACGGUAUGACUCAGACGAUGGCACUCGGCUGCUGACUGCCGAUCGUACAGAUCGAUCAUGCCAAGCGGUGUUUGAGGUUUGAGAAAGAAGAGGUGUGCAUUAAUGACAGCGAGGCCGACGUUUUUUAAAACCAAGUCAUUGCGAGAUGAUCAAUAGAGCACUGCUACACUACUUAGUCAUUAAUUAGAAGGCAAGAAACCUGCCAGACCAUACAAUGUUGAUUGAGGCCUGGUCAGGUAUUCCCGUAGUACCAUACCAUGGUUACCUACAUAGGUUAUUGCGACCUCAUAUAUGACUUGUUGGAUGCUGUCCCCUGAAGUCUGGGUCAGGGUCUCUCUGAGAUGGCCAAUGAUAAAGUGGAAGGGUUACCGUCGUCGUACGUGGCCAUCAGCUCUGAAGACUUGUCAUAUGCGUGGACCUCAUCCCCCAUACUU